AUGACGCAGUCGCAGGCAAGAGGGCCGCCCCUCCUGCUCACCUCGCUCGGCGAUGCGGAUACCGCGGAGAGCAUCUUGGCCGUCGUUGCAGACGAGCGACACAUCUAUGCCGGCUCGCAGGACUGCUCAAUCCACGCGAGUGUCUGGGAUGCUCAGACGCUCGAUCGGCAGCAGAGCUUGGUUGGCCAUGCCCGAGCCGUGCUUUGCCUCGAAUUGUCGGGCUCACCACUCGACCGCCUCUUCUCAUCCUCGGGCGAUAAUACCGUCCGGGUCUGGGAUACCCGCACGCUCACGAACGUCAUGAUCGUCGAGCCGCCCCACGAUAACGUUGGCGACAUUUUCUCGCUCGUCUGGCUUCGACAGACCUCGACACUCUUUAUGGGCUGCCAAUGUGCCGCAAUCCAGUGGCUCAACGUCACCGAGCACGUCCGUGAGCCGUCGACGCCGCUUCCGAUAAGGUACAAUAAAUUCUUCGACUCUCUCUCCCUACCUGAGCGGGCAAGAGCGAGCCAAUCACCUGCCAGCUCAAGGCCCUUAUCGCCCACUCUGAGCGCAAACGCCGCCGGUCUUGUCACGCCCAACCUUCAGACAUCGACGCCUCAUCAUCAGAUCGAAGCAGGGCACGUUAGAAACUAUGCGCAUAAUGGCUACAUCUAUUCGCUCGCCGUCACGCAUUGUCGAGUCGGUCAACAAGCCCCUGCAGCCAUCCUUGCAUCCGGCUCGGGAGACUCGCUCGUCAAGCUGUGGGAAUGCCAGACAGAUGAUAUCUCUCACAUUGCCACCCUACGGCCAGAUGCCGGCGCGGUGCUAGCGCUCGCUGUCGCAGAGAGCACGCUCUAUUCGGGUCACCAGGCCGGCGCCCUCAAGAUCUGGGACCUCGAGACUUUGACUUGCAUCAGAACGCUCAAGACAUCAGAUGCGGACGUCCUUGCACUCUCUCUGCUCGGAGGUCAUCUGUUCUGCGGACGCGAUGACGGCAUGCUCGUGCAGUACAGCAAGGCCUUUGAGGCUCUCAAUGCUUGGCAAGCUCAUUCCGGCAUUUUGCUCGCAACAACUGCAUUGCACGACCAUUCCGGAGCAGCCCAUGUUAUCAUCAGCGGCGGAAGCGAUAAUGUACUCAAGCUGUGGGAUGUCACACAAGACAUAGACAGCGAUGGCCUCCCCUUCCGGGCUCUAUCGCGAGGCCAAAUGCUUCAGAUCUUGCGCGGAUUCGUAUCGUUCCCGUCCAUCAGUUCCAAGGACCACCGUGAAGACUGCAGGCAGAGCGCCUUGUAUCUGAGAGAUGCGCUCGAAAACUUAGGCGCGAACGCGAGGCUGCUGGCUGGCGAUGCCGGCAAGAACCCUCUCGUCCUUGCUACGUUCAAAGCGGUCAAGCCGACAUCGGGCCGUCUGAGGAAGCGUGUCCUGUUCUACGGUCACUAUGACGUCGUCGAAGAGGGAAGGCCGGCAGAUUGGCACAGCCCAGCCUUUGAGCUGACUGGCCGAGACGGGUACCUCUAUGGACGCGGCGUGAGCGAUAACAAGGGUCCGAUCGUUGCCUGCGCCUCUGCUGUUUCGAGCUUGCGUGAGCAGCAAGAGCUCGAUGUCGAUUUCGUCAUGCUUAUCGAGGGAGAGGAAGAGUCCGGUAGCACUGGGUUCGCAGGGGCCGUCAAAGCCAACAGCGACUUGAUAGGCUCUAUCGACGUCAUCCUCAUCAGCAACUCCUACUGGAUCGGCGAGAACAUACCGUGCAUGACAUUCGGCCUUCGCGGCGUCAUCCGAGCCACUCUCGAAAUUGCUUCCUCGCAGCCAGACCUACAUGCAGGCAUGCAAGGUGGCGCUGUACAUGAGCCACUGAUCGAUCUGAUCAAGGUACUUGCCACAUUGCUGAGCAAGAAUGAGCAUGUCAAUAUCGCGCACUUUUAUGAUGCCGUGCGAGAUCUCGAGGCGGACGAAUUGGCGCUCUACCAUGCAGUUGUCGAUCGUACAAGUAGCGGCACCCAAGAUACCCAGAGCACUGCUCUGCAAUACCUACUCACGCGGUGGCGACAGCCUAGUCUGUCCAUCCAUGACAUUGCUGUUGGCGGCUCACGCCAUUCGACUGUCAUCCCGCAUCAGGCGAGCGCAUCCCUGUCGGUCCGCAUCGUGCCCGAUCAGCAGCUAGGCGUCAUCCAAUCAGCCAUUCGUGCGCAUCUACAGGCUGAAUUCGAGAAGCUUGCAUCGCCUAACGAAAUCCAUAUCCGUUUUGAUCACACCGCCGACUGGUGGCUUGGCAGUGUCACAGACAAGUUUUCGCGCGCCUUUGUUCAGGCACUUGAUGACGUAUACCAGAUCGAGCCGCUAUGGAUUCGCGAGGGUGGUUCAAUUCCUGCUUUACCCUUCUUGACAAAGCACUUUGGUGUCUCGGCGGUGCAUUUUCCGAUGGGCGCCUCCAGCGAUUCUGCUCAUCUGCCCAAUGAGCGCAUCAAGCUAGCCCAGCUGGAACAUGGGCAUACUGUCAUCGAGCGCUGGCUCCGGUUGCUCUCAGAGCUAUAG